GCCUGGGCGCGGGGGGGCCGGGCGCGCGCGCGGUGACGGGGUUAGCGGAGGUUUGUCAGGAACCGGGAUCCAAGGGCAGGAAAAUGGCGGCCUUAGGGUCCCCAGCGCGCACUUUGCGAGGCCUUCUGCGGGAGCUGCGCUACCUGAACGCAGCUACUGGCCGACCCUAUCGCGACACCGCGGCCUAUCGGUACCUCAUGAAGGCUUUUCGUGCACAUCGGGUCACCAGUGAGAAGUUAUGCAGAGCCCAACAUGAGCUUCAUUUCCAAGCUGCCACCUAUCUGUGCCUCUUGCGCAGCAUCCGAGAACACGUGGCUCUUCAUCAAGAAUUUCAUGGCAAGGGUGAGCGCUCAGUGGAGGAGUCUGCCGGCUUAGUGGGUCUCAAGUUGCCCCAUCAGCCUGGAGGGAAGGGCUGGGAGCCAUGAACAUGGAGAGUUUCCUAGGAUGCUGCAUUCAUAUGAGAAUUUAAUCAUUUCUGUCACUAUGUAUUUAUCAUUAAAUAUUUUUUAAAGUUUA